AGUGGGCAUUUGACAAUGAUUAAUUAAGGAUUGACCGCAUGUUCACAGAAUUUAAAUACUGAGUCAGGUUAAAGAUUUUGUAGUUUUACAAUUCACAGUCCCCAAAUAAACCCGGACCCCAUUUUUGGGGCAACCCGGUACCCGUAAGUCUCUCUCUCCCUCACAUUUCCUCGUUCCUCUUUUAGCUACCAUUCCCUUCCCUUCCCUUAAUUCCCCUCUGCACCAACUUUACCAUGCAAUCGUGCAUGCAACUUUAUCAACGUUAACCUAUGUCAAUUUGCUUUCACAUUAUAUUUCCAGUUCCAUAACGUUGGAAUUAUUUCCUAUUCAAGCAAUAUAUGUAAAUCUACAGUCAGUUUUACUGACGAUAGUGAUAUUUCUUUCUACCUGCAUAUCGAUAUUCAGUCAUAUAAUGCAGAAUAAUAUAUUAUAUAUGGGGUCUCCAGCAGCAUAUAUAUCUUCAUUCCUUCGUGAUAUACCAAAUAUGUGAAAUAAAGAAACUUACCAAGGGAUGGUCAAGCAGAUCGUAUAUUUCUUUUGGGAUGGCCCCUUUUCCUCCCUCACGAUAUUCCUUUUGUUUUUUUAAUUCCCUCUCUAUAUAAUUCUUUUUCUUUAUCAAGAGGAUCACUCUAUAUCAUUUUCCAUUUUUCACAAUAAAAAGUUAAGCUUUGACAAAUUAAAGCCUUCUCGCGUAUUCCCGAGCUGGCACUUCGGUUUCGUGUUGGUGGUGGUUCGGAGAAGGGGACAGGAUGAGCUUGGUGGUGAUCCAAGUGGUAAUGGUGGCUCUUCUCUUCGUAAGUAAUCACAGCUUCGCCAAUGCCGGCACGGAUCCAUCUGACGCUUCUGCCCUGAGAGUAAUGUAUAGCUCCCUAAAUUCACCGGCGCAGCUUACAAAGUGGAACUCAUCUGACGGUAGUGAUCCUUGUGGAGAGUCCUGGAAAGGCAUUACUUGCUACGGCAAUAGAGUUAAUGAAAUCCAUUUAUCCGGUCUAGGACUCUCUGGAUCAAUGGGAUACCAAUUAACUAGUCUGACAUCUGUGAUCAACUUUGACAUAAGCAACAAUAAUCUGGGAAACCAGAUACCUUAUCAGCUUCCUCCAAAUGUGCAGAAACUUAACCUUGCUGGUAAUGGUUUUACUGGCGGCUUACCUUAUUCGAUUUCACAAAUGGCUUCCCUUCAAUACUUAAAUGUGAGCCAUAAUCAAAUUCAAGGAGAACUGAAUGACAUGUUUGGAUCACUUUCUUCUCUCAAUACAUUGGAUAUCUCUUUCAAUUCAAUGACCGGUAAACUUCCUCAAAGCUUCCAGUCACUGACUAGUAUGAAGAAAAUCUACCUGCAGAACAACCAGUAUACAGGAAAUAUUGAUGUCCUCGCCAAUCUUCCUCUUGACAAUCUGAAUCUUGAAAACAAUCAGUUUACUGGCGCGAUACCUGAGAAGUUAAGAGGGAUAUUGCAAAGAUCUAACAGUAACACGGGAAGCUCAGGGCCAGCGCCUCCAUCUCCACCUGGCACAUCCCCUGCGAAUAGGUCCAGUAAUCGAAGUCACAAAUCCGGAGGCAAUGGCAGCCCUUUCACUGGUGGCGGUAGCAGUGAUAGAGAUGAGAAAUCUGGUAUAAGUGGUGGAGGCGUUGCAGGCAUUGUCAUAUCAGUUUCAGUGGUUGGAGCAGUUGCAGUUAUCUUUAGUAUCAAGAAAAGACAUAGAAAGUCGUCUACAGACAUAGAAAAACUUGACGUUCAGCCAAUUGCUCUUCAUCCACAAGAAGAACGAGAGAGGAAACUUAGCCAAAAUUCCUCCACAACAAGCAUGAAAGCUGUUGAAACUCCCACCUCGGCGACUCUAAGACCUCCACCAAUCAAUCCUCAUAAAUCCUUUAAUGGAGAUACUAUUUCAGCAAAACCCAUUGUUCCUCAGAAUGAAACUCAUACAGAUCAAAUGAAUGUUUUGCAAUAUUCAUUUGCAGACCUACAGAUGGCUACUGAUCGCUUCAGUGAUGAAAACCUUAUUGGCGAGGGAUCCAUUGGGAGUGUAUAUCAGGCUCACUUUGAUAAUGGCGAAGUUCUGACUGUCAAGAAAAUUAAUUCAACUGAGCUCCGGAAUCCUGAAGAUUUUCUCAACCAGGUUUCUGACAUAUCCCGGAUGCAUCAUCCAAAUGUGACUGAACUGAUUGGUUAUUGUUCAGAACACGGGCAGUACCUGCUGAUUUAUGAAUUCUACAGAACUGGUUCUCUGCAUGAUUUCCUGCAUCGGAUGGAUGAAGAAGACGGCACACGACUAACAUGGGAUAGCAGACUCAAGAUUGCACUUGGCACAGCAAGAGCACUAGAGUAUCAACACGAAGCUUGUUCGCCAUCUUUAGUUCACAAAAAUGUCAAAUCUGAAAAUAUUUUACUUGAUACUGAUCUGAAUCCUCAUCUAUCAGACAGUGGGUUGGCAAACCUUAUUGCUGAUACAGAUCAGGGAUUAAAUACAGAGUCAGGAUAUGGCGCACCUGAGGCUGCUAUAUCUGGAAAGUGUAGCACGAAGAGCGAUGUGUACAGCUUUGGAGUGGUUAUGUUGGAACUUUUUUCUGGACGAAAACCUUUUGACUGCUCACGACCAAGAUCUGAACAGUCUUUAGUUAGAUGGGCAACACCUCAGCUCCAUGAUAUUGAUGCACUGGAAAAGAUGGUCGAUCCGGCGCUUGUUGGACUCUAUUCUGUUAAAUCUCUGUCACGGUUUGCUGAUGUUAUUGCUCUCUGUGUCCAGCCCGAGCCAGAGUUCCGGCCACCUAUGUCAGAAGUGGUUCAAGCAUUGGUUCGGCUAGUGCAACGAGCAAACCUGAGCAAGAGGUUACACGGUAUUGAUCAGGACUGAGGAGACGAAAGAGCUGUUCAAAAGUAAGAAACUCAGUUCCAAGCAAUAUUGACUCACUCUGUUGACUAUUCCAGCUAAUAUUUUCCCCUAAAUUCUUUGCUGUUUAUGGGAGAUUACCUGAUGCUGAUCAGUCCAGCAAGUUGCAAUGUUUUCGAUUAAUACCAGAUUCUGACAUUCCUAAAUUAUCUUGACUUAUGAGAGAACCUUAUUAACACAUACAUUAUUGGACUUUA